AUGGAAGUUAGGGAUGCGCUACUUCAUGUAAACAGUUUUGUAUCACUGAAAGAAUUGGGAGAGGAGGAUACAAAGAUUUUUGAAUUAACUGAAGUAGACGACUGUGAUGAAUUACAUCUUAGAAACUGUACAUGUGCAGAAGAUGGCGACUUACCCGUCUGUAAAGAAAAUCCAUCACAAAGCAGAACGAAGGGCCCCCCAAAUUCUAUUGGUUAUGAAAAUGGUAUUCAAAAUUAUUCAAUUCAUAAUUCCGGUUCAGACAUUAAACAAAAGAGCUCGCCUGCUACUUCUGAUGGUCAGAGGAAUUCACCUUCUUCUUCUUCUGAUGCUCAAAGGCCAUCUACUUCUGAUGCUCAAAGGAGUUCACCUUCAACUUCUGAGAAAUCUAAGGCUGUGUUCCCUCAAUGGGAGGAAACUGGAAAAAGAGGCCGAAAGAGGUCAUCGACAUCAACAUCAUCUAUUGAGAAACAAAAGGAACCAGUGUUCGGAGAGAAAGAAUUAGUGGAAACCCUAAUGCAUCUAUGGGCUUUGUCUAAUAGCUAUUCUAUUGAUUCAGCAAACUCAAAGAAAGACAAAAGCACGAGAUUUCCAGUUACAAAGAAGCGAAAACUGCAGGACAUAGUCUGUACAAAAGAUGGGUUGAAGAAAGCGAGAAUUGAGAAGGAAACUGAGGAGGAUUACAGGUGUGAAAUCAUGUUAGAUACCGGGAAGAAGACAUAUUCAGAAGCAAGUAACCAGCAGAUAACAACUUUGUCUUCUGCUUCUGAAACAUUCAAUUGUGCUUUUUGUGGGAAAUCAUUCAAUAGUUAUCAAGCUUUGGGUGGUCAUAAAUCAAGCUGCAAGAGCAAUCCCUUGAAAAAACAAGUAGUCAAAUCUGCAGUGCAAGAUUCAGUCGCAACUUCAAAGAUCUAUGAAUGCAAAAUAUGCAGCAAGAUGUUUCAGACAGGUCAGGCACUCGGGGGGCAUCAAAAGAGUCAUAAGACAGGAGAAGUUGAACCCAGUAGGUCAUCAGUCUCACCACCACCAAAGGAAAUCAAUGAGUCUUUACACCUAAUUCAGUCAUCCACAUUAUCAGUUCGAGAAGAGCAAUCCGAAGCACUGAAUAAGAAGAUUAUGAUGUUCGACCUCAACGAAAAUCCACCAGAGGAUGACGAUGAAACUGAGUUAAAGUUGUAA